GAUUAUUAUUAUUAUUAUACCUAUUUUAUAAUUUAUAAUAUUAUUCCGUAUUUAAACUCAAAAUAAACUUUCUAAAUUUCAUUCGGCUUAACUAAAUUACAAAAAUUGUUUUCUAAAAUUGUAUACAUUACACGUUUUGUAUACAAUACAUUACUGUGGCUGGUGACUCAUAUUUUCUAAAUCAAUGACAUUAUAAUAUCCAGGUGCACUACAUUUUAGAAUGGACAACGACGAUUUCACUGCAGAUUUAUGUGCCGAGCAGUUAGGCAAGCUAUUUCAGUUUCAAGAUCUUACCGGUAUUGAAAGUCUACCGACGUGCCGAGAUGUGUUGCAAAGGCACAACUGGGAUUUGGAAUCUGCUGUUCAAGAUCAAUUAAAUCUCAGAGAAGGUCGUCCGUCUGUGUUCGCUGGCACAUCGGAAACGUCGUCUGGGCCUACAGUGUUGGUGGAUCCGACCAGACAGCAAGUAUUCAGUUCAGACCAUACUGGAUCUAGCAAUUUCCUAUCGUUUAUUUUUGAUCAUAUUAUAAGAACGUUCUAUAGUACUAUUGUAUCUGUUGUGCGGUUCACUUGGAGUCUAAUAUGGCCCGAACCCCGGGCACCGACAACCGAUCCCGUUGCCGAUGUAGGGAGGUUUAUCGAAACGUUUGAAUCGUUAUAUGGUAAUGUUCAUCCAGUGUUUUACAGAGGAUCUUACAAACAGGCGUUGAACGAUGCUAAACAAGAGCUGAGGUUCCUUGUUGUUUACUUGCAUCAAAAUGACCAUACACAUAGUUCCAAUUUUUGUAAUUCAGUUUUAACUAAUAGUGAUGUCAUUUCGUUUUUGAACGAGAGUAAUACACUUUUUUGGGCUUGUGAACGUGAAACUAAUCAAGGAAGCCGCGUUGCUUCCGCUCUUUAUGCCAGCUCCUCUCCUUAUGUAGCAGUGAUUGUAUUGAUUGAAAGUCGCAUGAUACUUGUUGCACGAAUGGAAGGCCCAGUUACUGCUGAGGAGUUUGUUAGAAGAUUGCGUACUGUAUUUGAAACAAACGAAGCUUAUCUAGUUGCCGCUCGUGCCGAGCGCAUUGAACGCAGUUUUAAUCAGUCAUUACGGGAACAACAGGAUAGGGCAUAUUUGGAAUCGCUGCGUGCAGACGAACAGAAAGAGCAGUUAAAACGAGAAAAAGAAAAUAUUGAACGAGAAGAACAGUUGAAAAAAGAAAGAGAAGAAGAAGAAGUCAAAGCCCAAAAAGAAGAGCUGAAAAGAAAAAAAAUUGAUAUGAUGGCACAAAUUCCACAAGAGCCACCCGCAGAAGAUCUGGGCGCACUAACAAUUGUAUUUAUAAUGCCGGGAGGAACCAGAAUAGAAAGGCGUUUUGCCGACGUAUCGCCCCUUUCGGAUAUUUUUGAUUUUGUAUUUUGUCAUCCAGGCUCACCUGAUACUUUUGAAAUAGCCACCAAUUUUCCAAAACGAGUUCUCAGUGCUGAAGAAAGAGAAAAAACAUUGAAACAGGCCGGCUUACAAAAAAGAGAAGUACUUUUUAUCAACGAUUUGGACUCUUAAGUUAUUUAAAACAUAUUUUUAAAUGUAUAAAAAAUUAAUAAUAAUAAUGUAUAAACUUUAUUGGUGUACAUGACAACGGUGUUUUUAAAAAUGAAAAUAAAUAUUCCAAUCUAAUGAAAAGUCUAUAUUUGAUAGAUAAACAUAGAACCUAAUACCAGUUAUUCAUUUGUAUUAUUAUAUAUCUAUAUAUAAAUGUUUAUUUUUUUGUUUUUUUUAAAUUCGUUAUGCGAGAAUUUGUUUUAUUUUCUAUUCUUGAUCACGCGGUCAUU